UGGGUUCUCUGCUGCUGUGUCUCUUGUAACGUCAACCGUUGAGCGGUACCCCUUCCUCUCCUUACGAUUCGGUUUUACGGCAUCAUGAACAAAGUAUUCGCAGUCUAUCGUUACUUCGUCUUCGCUCUCUUUAUUGCCUGCAAUAUCGGCAUCUUGGUGGUGGCGGCUAAGGACAUAUCGCUCUCUUUUACUUCGAGUGAUGGCUUCGAGGUUGAUGCGCUCCUGAUUGCUCUGGGCAGUGUGGGAUUGGUCUUUACAUUGCCUGUCCUCCUUGUCGACGCCCUGCGCAAGGAAACUGUCGUUCGACAUGUCUGGUUUGAGUGCUUCUGGGUCGGUCUCUUCUGCCUGUUGCAAUUGUCGAGCGCUGGUGUCGUCACGCUCACUAUGUCGGGCAUGGGUGAAUGUGCCUUGUACCAGAAGAAUGGCGUCACCGUCAUCGGCUCCUGCGACUAUUCCACCUCGACGCUCCUUAUGGCGUUCACAUGGGCCGCUGCUGCCGACCUCUUGCUCUACCUCUUGACCGUGACUGUCAUCGCCAUUUUGCACCAACAAGAUGACCCUCUUGUAUGGAAGGCUUAUGUCUCUCAGUACUCCUGGUUCGCUGUCCGUCAUUCCUUGGGCAGUGAGCCGCCGACCCCUUCGCUACCGGUACAGUCCGUCCCGAAGUCUGGUCAGUCGGAGUUCUCCAACCGGAUGGUGGCCCCGAGACGCGACACCGACCCGGAGAAACAAGCCCCCGCCUCCCUGCAGGUGCCACCCCAGACCUCCCUCCCCCGGCGCCCCUCGCUUGAGAAGUCUCAAAGGUCGCCGACAUGGACACCCCGCCAACUGCAGCUAUCGGCCAGCGUUCCUCUGUCGCCGAAAACUGCGAAGGCCAUCCAUUCUCGUCGCGUGGAAUCACCCGCAGGUGCCCCCGUCAACCGCACCUACGUUCCCGCGACGCGUCCGAGGGAGUCCACGAAGAAGGUCCUCAGGCUGCACAGGCCGCCCUCAUUGGACUUGUCCCGUAUCACUCCCCCGCGGUAGCCCAUCGCGCCUGAGGAUACCAGCACGUACCUUCUUCAUCCCCUUGGGGCUCCCGGUGUCCCUUUGUGGGUAGUGGGAGAUGGGCAGAAUGGGACAGGCGUGCUGGUAUGCACAGCUACGUUGCGUUGUGCUCACGACUGUCCACGACUUCAUGCCCACGACCGAAUGGUCGGCGAAUGACCACUUGUCACUGGUUGUAGCCCGUCGCAUGCGGCGGGUCUAUGUCUG